AUGACGACUCCUACCCAGGAACUCCCUCGCCUGGAGUUCGCCCCGCCCUCCAACCGCUCCUCUGACGAUGACAGUACGGCCGUCGGGCAGGAUAAACAAGAUGGGACUGUCGACAGCAAGUUGCUGCGUGAGCGUCUGAUGGUGGAAACGUCACGCGAGCCAAAUUCACGGUAUGAGGAUGCUCGACCGUCGCCGUCUCAAACCAGGGAGGAAGCGUCCCGUUUGGACGAUGAAAUAGCGUUGCAAAAGGCCGAGCGCCUCACAUCCAUGGAAUCGCGACAAUCGGAAGCAGGACGAAACUCUACCACCUUACACCGAUCGAGGUCCCGAGUGCCCGAGCCCCUUGACGAGUUCGAUACCGCAACAAAUCCACUGCAUGAACGGACUGCCAUCUACAAACCUCCCGAGAACCCGAGCACCAAAGUCGCAAAGUUCUUCAAAUAUAUUCAUCAGUCGAGUUUUGUGGUCCGUUAUUUCACUUACAUCGUCCCGGUCACCCUCCUUUUGUUGAUUCCGGUUCUAAUUGGGGCACUGCUACCCGCUGGCAAGCGUGCGAGUGUUGGGGACGUCGAACUUCUUUGGUUUGGCGUCUGGCUGGAAAUCAUUUGGUUAACGCUGUGGGCCGGUCGAAUCGUGGCCAGACUCAUUCCUUAUCCUCUCGGACUUGUGGCGAGCUUGUUCACCAACAAUGCCAAAAAGUGGCGAGACCUGGGCAAGUCGCUUGAGAUACCGGCUACCCUCUUCUUCUGGUGGCUUGGUAUUGAAGUCUCGUUCUUGCCGACUAUGACGAACCAUCAUGUGGACGGGAAUACGCGCACACGCCACUGGGAAGUGAUCCUCAACAAGAUCAUUGUUUCCAUCUUUGUGGGGACCGCACUGAAUUUCAUUGAGAAGAUCAUCAUCCAACUUAUAGCCAUCUCAUUUCAUCUACGAACAUAUGCCGACCGUAUCGAGCUGAACAAAUUCCAGAUUGGCAGUCUUACCAAGCUUUACAUCUUUUCCAAAGCCAAGAUCGCAAUGGAAGAUGCCGAGUUUGAGGAAAAACCCUCGGGCCAUGCCUCGGGCACUCGCACACCAGCUCAAUACGCUGCGCAAGCAACCCAGGUUAUCAACCGGGCUUUCGCGAAAGUGGGCGAUGUGGCGGGAACUGUAGCAGGGGACUUUACAGGGAAAAGCAUUGCCAAAAGUGGACAUCCAUCACAGGUGGUCCUGACUUUGUUGAACACCACAAAUGGGUCUCAGGUGCUGGCCCGACGUCUUUAUCGCACAUUCGUCCGCGACGGCUGUGAGACAGUGGCGUCCGAUGACCUUAAGGCAGCCUUCGAUAAUGAUGACGAGGCUGAUGCGGCUUUCAGCAUGUUCGACAAGGACAUGAACGGCGAUAUCUCCAUGGAAGAACUUGAAGCCGUCUGUGUGGAGAUAGGCCGGGAACGGAAGUCGAUCACCGCCUCACUCAAGGACUUGGAUUCUGUUGUCAGCAAGUUGGACGAUGUUUUGUUCUUCAUUGUGGUUGUGGUCACGAUUCUUGUCCUCAUCUCUCUCAUAUCUACUUCAGCAGCCGGUGUACUCACCUCAGCUGGCUCUGCGGUCCUGGCUUUGUCAUGGCUAUUUUCGGCCACAGCGCAGGAGUUUCUGCAGUCUUGCAUCUUUGUCUUCGUCAAACAUCCGUUCGAUGUUGGGGACCGAGUGAGUAUCUACGGGAACACCGGCUCGUCUCUCAAGGGAGACGAUUACUUCGUUAAAGAGAUCUCACUUCUAUACACCGAGUUUAAGAAGAUGGAAGGACACAUCGUGCAGGCACCAAACUCUUACCUCAACACUCUUUUCAUUUUGAAUAUGCGGCGUUCUGGUGGUCUCGCCGAAGCAGUGCCCAUCGUGAUCCGGUUCGGCACCACUCUCGAACAGAUCGAGGGCCUGCGCAACGCCCUUCUGGAGUUUGUCAGAUCGGAAAAGCGUGAAUACCAGGGCAACAUCUUGACUGAACUCCGUGAGGUUUGCGAAGCGUACUCGUUGACUUUGAACGUCGUCUUCUUUUACAAGUCAAACUGGCAGAAUGAAUUGCUCCGCUUGCAGCGAAGGAACAAGUUCAUCUGCGCCCUCAUGGUCGCAAUGCAAGAGCUCGGUAUCGAAGGUCCGCGGCGCAACCAAGCUGGUUGGAGGGCAGAAGAACCGUAUUACAUGCAAUUACCUCCUGGUGCGCCUCCUCUUGUGCAAGUUGGUAGCACGACGGGUGGAGAAGGCGGUCCGCCAGCAGGCACCACUGGUGUUACUGGCGAGCCAAUCCACCAGACUCCUCUCAGUGCAUCUUCUCUGAACCACUCCUCGAUCCUCCGCCGCCGGCCUAGUACCGGUCAGCUUGGACGUCCCCGCGGCGAAUCUCUGUCUAGUCUGUCAAAACGCGUGGAUUUCUCUUUGGGCAUGAAAGACGUCAGCUCAGGUGAGCAACUAUCUGAUGUGUACGAAGAGCCAAGGCGUCCAGAAAUAAAAGAAAUCAUCCGCGAGACAAACAGAAUCGAAGAAGAACGACGAAUCUCGGAGUCCCAAGACCGCCAGGGUGAUGCUAGGUCUACGUCGCGAGACCAUCACCCUCAUGCGAUGACUGGGAUAUUGAGAAGAUCAACGACACAAAGCCUCGCCGGCAGUCAGCGCGAGUCUUCGGCUGUGGCGCCCCACAGAGCUUCCAUCAGCAGCCAAGAAACUCAUCGGAACCGGUUCUUGCAUCGCUUCAACCGUCCGCGGCCAAGCAUCGAUCAUCCUCGCGAUUCUCUUGCGGAGGAAGGAAACGCUCCGCCACUUACACCCAUUGAUGCCCGAUCUGGCCAAGUGAGCUCUCAGGCUGUCCGUAUGGACUCCGUGGAAUCUGAGCGGCAGGAACCGUUCCCCAUCAUGCCGCCAGCUUUCAGUGAAACCGAGGACUUUGGGUUUAGGAGAAACAUGCUGGACGGGCAAGGCCAAUCUCGUUGA